UUGAUAAGAAGCUCAUUGGGAUGGAUUAUCGUUUGGACCAAUUGGAAGAAAAUUUUCCUCAGAUUAUAGACCCAUUAUCAAAUGACGUUCGCAUGGUUGGGAUCUAUGGAUUUGGAGGAAUUGGUAAGACAACCAUUGCCAAAGUUUUAUAUAACCAAAUUGCCGCUCAAUUCAUGAUUGCUAGCUUUAUUGCUAAUGUUAGAGAGGACUCCAAAAGUCGAGGUCUACUUCAUUUACAAAAGCAACUCCUUCAAGAUAUUUUGCCAAGAAGGAAGAACUUUAUAAGCAACGUUGACGAAGGGAUCCAUAUGAUAAAAGAUAGACUAUGCUUUAAAAAGGUCCUUCUUGUGCUUGAUGAUGUUGAUGAUUUGAAUCAACUAGAAGCCUUAGCUGGUGAUCAUAAUUGGUUUGGUUUAGGAAGUAGAAUUAUUGUAACAACUAGAGAUAAGCAUUUAUUAGAGGUGCAUGAAAUGGAUGCAUUAUAUGAGGCUAAGAAAUUAGAUCACAAGGAAGCUGUUGAACUCUUUAGCUGGAAUGCGUUUAAACAAAACCAUCCCAAAGAAGAUUAUGAAAUAGUUACAAACUCUGUGGUGCAUUAUGUUAAUGGUCUUCCGUUAGGUCUUAAAGUUUUGGGUUCUUUCCUAUAUGGCAAGACAAUACAUCAAUGGAAAAGUGAAUUGCAUAAACUAGAACGGGAACCUAACCGAGAAAUUCAAUGUGUGCUUAUGAGAAGUUAUGAUGAAUUAGAUCGCACACAAAAGCAAAUAUUCCUAGAUGUUGCUUGCUUCUUUAAUGGAGAGGAUAAAGAUUUUGUUACAAGAAUCCUAGAUGCUUGCAACUUCUUUGCAGAGAGUGGACUACGAGUCCUUGGUGAUAAGUGCCUCAUAAGUAUUAUAGACAACAACAUAUGGAUGCAUGAUUUGUUACAACAUAUGGGAUGUGGCAUUGUUGGACAAAAAUUUCCUGAAGACCCUGGAAAAUGGAGCAGAUUGUGCUAUCCUGAGGUUGUAAGUCGUGUGUUGACAAGAAAAAUGGGAACAAAGGCAAUUAAAGGGAUACUCUUUAACUUGUCUAUACCAAAGCCGAUACACAUUACUACUGAAUCCUUGGAG